AUGCCACACCCGCGCAGUCCCUCCCUCCUCUCUCCGGCCAACUACGACAACGAUGCAGCCUCCCUGCGAUCGCCGUCGGAGCAGGACUCUGACUCUGAUGACGACGAAUUCCUUCGUUAUCCCCGCAGCACUCUAGAGCUUUCCCAGCACGAUCGAAGUGUCCUUGAUGAUGAAGACGAGUUGGAAAAGCUGUUGACAAGAAGCGGCCCUGCUCAUGGGUUGCGCAGGAUCUUCAGCCCAAAUGGGAACAACGUGCGCAUUGGAAAAAGGGAGCGGCGACGAGCGCGAAGAGAAGCCCGGUUAUCGCGCCGGGAACGUGUUAGCGAGGAAGGAGAGCUCAUGUACGAAAUGGAAGAAGGACUUGGAGAUGAUGAGACCUCAUCCUUGAUGAGUGGUUCUUCGAUGGACUUGGACGGAAAAGAAGACUAUCUCUAUGAGCCGCCCUCCAAGCCAUCAUGGCGCAAAAUAGUCUUCGUUUCCGCCAUCAUCGCCGUCUUAUUCCUUAUCCUCUUCCUAGGCGCAUACAAAGCGUCCAAUACCUUCCGAGCCGUACACCCACAUGUCCAGUCUCUACGUUCCAACGGCAGCUCGCUUUUUGCGCCUACCACUAUUUUGAUCUCACUCGACGGAUUCCGAGCCGACUUCCUCGACCGCCGUCUGACCCCGGGCCUCAAUUCGCUAAUUGCGAGCGGCGUCUCCCCGCAGUAUAUGACGCCCAGCUUUCCUAGCGUGACCUUCCCGAAUCAUUUCACGCUGAUAACUGGCUUAUACCCUGAGAGCCAUGGAGUGGUUGGAAACACUUUCUGGGAUCCCGACCUCAAUGAGGAAUUCUAUUAUACCCAUCCUGCCGUCAGCAUGCAACCCAAGUGGUGGAACGCAGAACCUCUGUGGGAGACGGCAGAGAAACAGGGAAUCAAAACUGGCAUCCAUAUGUGGCCGGGGUCCGAGGCUCACAUUGGCACCGUCGAACCAAGCUAUGUGGAUAAAUAUAAUGGCUCAGAGGCGCUGCCGCGUAAGGUCAAUCGGGUCCUUGAGCUCCUUGAUCUGCCGGGUCCAGAGGACGAGUCUGAUUUGGCGCCGCUGCGUCCUCAGUUCAUCGCGGCUUACGUCCCAGACGUUGAUAAAGACGGGCACAAUUACGGACCAAAUAGCACCGAGAUUCGAACCACCAUCUCCCGAGCUGAUGACAUGGUCGCGGGGAUCAUGGCUGGUCUCGAAAAUCGCAAUCUCACGGACCUCGUUAACAUUGUGGUCGUGUCAGAUCACGGCAUGGCUACCACUUCAGCUGAGCGCCUCGUUCAAUUGGACGAUGAGAUAGACCUCAAGCUCGUUGAGCGUAUUGAAGGGUGGCCAUCUCGUGGUCUGCGUCCGAAGCAGCCCGAGAACUUCGAGGUGUUGCAGGAGCAGUUGGAACGGCUUGGAAAGAAGUAUGCAGAUGCCGUGGAAGUCUAUACACGAGAGACCAUGCCCGAACGCUAUCACUUCUCAAACAAUGAUCGCAUCGCUCCUCUGUGGGUGAUUCCUCGGGCGGGCUGGGCGAUCGUCGAGAGGCCUAAUUUCGACGUCAAGAAAGCAUUGGAGACGGGAGAGGUCUAUCACCCCAAGGGUAUCCAUGGGUACGACCAUGAACAUCCACUGAUGCGAGCGAUCUUCAUCGCCCGAGGCCCUGCUUUCCCACACAAGCCCAAUAGCCGCCUCGACGCAUUCCAAAAUAUCGAAGUGUACAACAUCAUCUGUGACUCACUGGGUGUUGACCCCCUACCAAACAACGGCACGCUACGUCUCCCUCUGAAUCCAAUAGGUCUUCAUUCCGAUGAGCACGCACCGCCACAAGUGCGACCACCCGAUCCUCCAGAGCCGCUGUCUGCCUCUGUCACCGCUGGGCCCUUGGAACAAACAUCUGCUGCGACACACGCUCCGUCUGCGACGGAGACUGCCAGCAAAGAUGGCAAGGAGUCUACCUGGUGGGGAACCAUCGCGAGUAAACUUGAGGAUUUCAAGCAGUGGGCCGGGGAGCUCUUCUCUGCUGAAAAGGAUAAUCACCCACAACAGCGAUAG